UGGAAAGAAAGCUCAAGAGGACAAGGAUAUUUUUCUGUAAUGAUUAAAACAGGUUUAAAUCUGGUUGUUUAGUUUUUGUGACUUAGCAGUUUACCAAGACAGUCUUUCUGCUAAUAAUCAACUAGACCUCUAAUUCAAACAGCUGUGGAAUACCCAAAGGUGUUCAGUAUUUUCUUUCAUUCAUCAUUUUUCCUUUCUCUUUGGGGGCUUUGUUGAAGAUAUUUCUGAAGAAUCACCCAAGAAGCCACACUGCCAAAAUGGUUCAAAUCAUAGCGACACCUCUCAGUGCACUUGCUGAUGAGCCAGUGCGGAUCCGCGUUACAGGCCUGAUCCCUUUUCAGACGGUGUGUUUUCAGGCAUCGGUGAAAGAUGAGAAGGAUGACGUGUUUCGUUCUCAGGCCUUCUUUAGGGCCAACGAAGCGGGUGAAGUAGACUUGGAGCGUGAUCCUUCCCUUGGAGGUGACUACACGGGCAUCCACCCCAUGGGUCUUUUCUGGUCCUUGAAACCUGAAAAUCCUUUAAGUCGACUGCUGAAAAAAGAUGUGAUGAAUAGUCCCUUCCAGAUCCAAUUGAAACUUUCUGAACUACAACCGCCAUUAAAAAAUGCUCACAGUGUUCCGAAAGCCAGCCUGACUUUGGAAAGGUGGUAUGUCGCGCCCGGGGUCACACGGAUCUUGAUAAAGGAAGGUCGUCUUCGGGGGGCCCUCUUUGUCCCUCCAGGAGAGGGCAAGUUCCCAGGGGUCAUUGAUUUGUUUGGUGGUAUUGGAGGCCUGAUUGAAUUCAGGGCCAGUCUCCUGGCCAGUCAUGGCUUUGUUACCUUGGCCUUGGCCUACCAUAGCUAUGAAGACCUGCCCUUUGUACUUGAAAAGGUAGAUCUGGAGUAUUUUGAGGAAGCUGCCAACUUACUACUGAGACAUCCAAAGGUCUUGGGCCCAGGCAUUGGGAUAAUCUCUAUAUGCAGAGGAGCAGAGAUUGGACUCUCUUUGGCUAUUCACCUAAAACAGGUCACAGCCACUGUGCUCAUUAAUGGUCCUAACUUCAUUAUUGAUGUUCCACAUAUAUACCGUGACAAGAUCAUAAAGCCCACCCCUUUCUCUUUACACCUGCAAUCCAAUGAUGUCUUUGGAUUUGCAGAGUUUUAUCAAGUUUAUGCUGAAACUGGAUGUAAGGAUAGCCGUUAUUUUCUUCCUAUUGAAAAGGCUCAGGGACAUUUUCUCUUCAUUGUGGGAGAAGACGAUAAGAAUAUCAACAGCAAAUUACAUGCUGAACAAGCCAAGGAACAGCUGAGGAGACAUGGGAAGAACAACUGGACCUUGCUAUCUUACCCUGGGGCAGGUCACCUGAUAGAACCUCCCUAUACUCCACUGUGCCGUGCCUCAAAGCUCAACUCCUUGACCACAGCCAUCCACUGGGGAGGAGAGGUUAUCCCACAUGCAGCUGCACAGGAACAUUCUUGGCAGGAGAUUCAGAAAUUUCUCAGGAAGCACCUUGUGCCAGUAAGGACCAGUCAACUCUGAAAAGACUAGAUAUGCCUUAGAAACAGAGAAGUAAAUUUCUUUAUUAGCACCUUGUCUCAGUGUUUAUGGAGGAACAGCUUUGAUCUCUUCUUGUAAUAAAGAAGUUAAAAUGAGAAAAGGGCAGAAGGACUGAGAAAGGGGGAAAAUGAUUUCCACUUAACCAAAUAGACAUUGGGAGUCCUACAUUUGAAGAAGUAAACGUACCUGCCCUAAAUAUUGUCAGCAGAGCAAUUCUCAGCCAUAGCAAUUACCAAGAGAAUAAAGAUAAUCGAUGAUCAGUCACAGAAAUCUUAGGCUUAUAAAAACAAACUGAAAACAAUUAGAUGCCAUUUGUUUCCUAAAAUUCAAAUUGAUCACAUUUCAAAAUAUUUUUGAAAUUGCUUCAUGAAAAUAACAUGCAUAUUUUCAUAGUUGCUUUAUUAUUAUUAGAAACUCAAGCUGGGUAUUUUAAGGCAAUUUGUAAACACGCCCAUAAGAUCAUUGAAUCAUUUAUGAUCAAUAAUUUAAUGAAAGCUAACAAAAUUAUGUUUGUGCUUCAAAAUGUACAACAGUUUGUAUCCUCAAUGAUUUGAAGGGGAAAUCAAGACCCAUAAAAUUGUAUCUCAGGGAAGUAGUCAUAAUAUUAGGAACUAGUUACCUUUCUGAAUUAGGAGCUAGUAUAUUUUUUUCUGUAAACUACCAGAGAAUGAAUAUUUUAAGCUUUGUGGGCCAGAGGUCUAGACUACUAUGUCUUACUUUGAUACUUUAACACAAAAUCAGCAAAGAUAAUGUGUAAUGAAUGAUAGUGUCUGUGUUACAAUUAAACAUUUAUU